UUUUUCUCCUUCUUCCCUGGCGCGUAGCUGUCUUCCCGCGUGGUCCUGAUUGGGCGGGAACUGUAGGGGGAAAAACACCACCUCCCCCCAUGCACGUCGGCUAGUUGGCCUUCGAAUGGGCCCGCCGACCUCGUAUACCCAUCCCCACCCCCAACCCAACCACACACACACACACAGGCGCGCGCGCGCGCAACUCAAUCCCCCGUACAGUUUCAAAAAGACGAAACCAAUUCCUUUGCCCUAUCUGUGACGAAAACAAGGAAAGGGUGAAAAAACAGAAUGUCGGUACUUGCCCGUAGCCCGACUUGUUCGACUGCUAGCCUUGGCUUAGCUUUGAGGGAAGCCAACCUGACAGCCAGCCAGCCAGCCAGCCUCCCAUCCCAGCCAUCCAUCCAUCAUCCAGUGCAAUCCAGCUCCAGCCUGCGCAAAAAAACGCUACUAAGCCGGGCUAGCCCAGCGCGUGCAUUUAGCGUCAAGGUGGUGACGACGGCACGAAGAGCGAGCAGACCAGACCAGAAACAAUCCUGCCUCUUACUUACCUACCCUUGCUCUCUCUCUCUCUCUCUCGCCUCCACUUCCCGAUGUUCAAGGAAGAAACCCACCGUCUCUGUCUGUCUGUCUCACUUCAGCUGUGUGCGCCAGAUUGAUGUUUUGGGCGCGGGGGCUCUGACGCGUGUGUCAGAAUUUAACACCCUAGGGUUGAUUGAUUCAAGGACCUUUGGAAUCUCAAUGAUGAUGACGAUGACGAUGACGACGGCGAUUGGUAUGAGGUUGAUUCUGUGGACCGAAGUGGGUUGGACGGGGAGAGAGAGAACAGUAGCAGGGGUGUGUGCGUAUUCCAAUCUUCCGAUGACGGGGCAACAACACCAUACACAUACAAGAAAGACGUGGAAACGGCACUAG